UGACAGCGACAGCGUAUUGCGAAUCGGUUUCAGAAGUUGUUUCUGAGAUAUUUUUAACAAUAUUGCUGCGUAAAUCUUAUAAGACAUGCAGCAGCUCACGAUAUUCAUGGAUAUCGAAAGCUCUCGUUCGUACAUCGAUGAGCUGUAUUCAUCAGAGGCUGGUAAAACGUUAGAGGCGUUAGUGACUUUAAAAAAUUCGGUUAUUGGAAGUAAUAGACAGAAGAGUUCUGUUAUACGACAAGGAAUUGUGCCGCGGUUGCUACAGCUGAUGUCGGAUGAAACACUCGAUGCCGAUGUUAGAUUGCAAGCUACUAUAACAAUUGGUUCAUUGGCCAAAGGUACAACGGAAGAUGUGAGUACACUGGUGGAACAAGGUGUUGUUAUAUCAUUGGUUGAGCUAUUGAAGACAGUCCCUAUUGAUACAAAACUAAUGGAGGCGGUGCUUAGUGCUUUGAAAAGUUUCUUCUUACAUCCUCCAGCACCCAUUUCAGCGUUGCCAGCUGAUAUGAAACUUUUAGCUAGAUUAACACAAAUAGCAAGGGAAGGCUCUCUAAAUUCUCGAGCAUCCGUAGUUCGAAUUCUAUCAAUAUGGUGCGGAGGGCCACUAGAGCAGGAAGCACUCUGUUCCUCGGGAGCCCUGGAGGCAGCAGCGGCAUUGUUGGCAUCACACACAUCGCCACCGCCUAACCUUGCUCUACCAGCCCUUGAUCUACUAGCGGCUAUGUGUUUUGAGAAUGCCAACGUCUCCCAGAUUGCAUUGAACACUUGGCAUGGUGACAAAACGAUACCCGAACUUCUAACGUUUCUAGUGUCACGUGACAAGCCACUGCCUGUCGCCCUCGGCGCCGCGCGCUCUCUUACAUUUAUACAUCGCGCUGGAGCAAUACCGCCCGAUGAUAACAGAGUGGUGUUUGGUGCGUUGCCGUGUUUGGCGCGACUUUGUACAAAAGACAUGCCGGAGGACAUAAGGGCGACUGCUGCUGAGACAUUGGCGUACUUAGCUGAGGUGGAUACUUCAUUACAAAGGCUAGCGGCUAUAUCAAAUCAUUUAAUGUGUUCACUCGCGGAUAUAGUAGAUUGUCCCUCAGCGGCCGCUAAGGAAGGCGCUUUCAAGUGCUUCGCGUCUCUGGGUGCUAACGACGAAGAUAUUAGGAAGAGGAUAAUAGAAACACACGGCCUUAUGGUGCAUGUUGUCUAUGGAAUGAAUAAUCCAGAACCCAAUGUAAGAUUAGCGGCUGUAAGAUGUCUGCAUUCACUGUCUAGAUCAGUUCAACAGUUGCGGACGACAUUUCAGGACCAUGCGGUAUGGCGGCCUUUAAUGCAACUGCUGAAGGACUCUCCGGAUACUGAGUUGCUGACGGUUGGUUCUUCAACACUCUGCAAUCUGCUGUUAGAGUUCUCACCAGCAAAGGAACCUAUGUUAGACCAAGGUGCUGUUGAAAUGUUAUGUAAUUUGACGAAAAAGCCCGAAGCUGCUCUUAGAUUGAAUGGAAUUUGGGCAUUGAUGAAUAUGGCGUUUCAGGCGGAACAGAAAGUCAAACAGCGGAUACUGUGUUGUUUGGGAACGGAGCAAAUGUUCCGUCUGUUAGGUGACAGUGAUACACGAGUUAUUAUGAAGACAUUAGGACUGCUGAGGAACUUGUUGUCAACACGACAGCAUAUUGAUAUAAUUAUGAGUGAAUAUUCCUCACAGGUUAUGCAGGCAGUGAUAGUUGUGUUAGAGGGUUCUUACCCUGCUGAGGUGAAGGAGCAGGCUCUAUGUAUACUGGGCAAUAUCGGUGACGGGGAGAAGGCUAAGGAUCUCAUUAUGGCCAAUGAAGAUGUUUUAAGGAAACUAGUCGAUUAUUUGGCUCACCCGGAGAGCAAGCUGCAGGAGGCGGCGCUGUUCGUGGCGAGCAACCUGGUGUGGCGCGAGGAGGCGGGUGCGGCCGCGCGACAAGCUCGUCUCACUGAGCUCGGAGUACUGCGAGCUCUCAAGCUGCUCUACGCCAGGCAGGAUGCUGCACAUCUGCACGACAAGUACGUACAACAUACACGUACUAAACGCAUUAUAUAA